UUAAGAUUGUGUUUACUUACUCAAAUCCUUCUUUAUCAUACCACCUUUUCUAGUGAAAAUGUCUAUAUAAGAAGAGGGUCUAUAGUGUAGAGUUUUGUCGUUCAAAAAGUGUAAGAGAAACCCUUCUACCCUUUUGUUAGUACAAGUUCAAACAAUCCAUAGAUUAAAAAAAAAAUGGGAGUUGAAGGAACAAUCGAAUACUUGUCUAACUUGGCAAGCUACCUCAAAAAAAGCAAGAAAAGGAAGCAAACCCAAACUGUGUCCCUCAAGAUCAGGAUGGACUGUGAAGGCUGUGCUCGCAAGGUGAAACAUGUCCUCUCCGGAGUCAAAGGAGCGAAGACUGUGGAAAUAGACCUGAAGCAGCAAAAGGCGACAGUGACAGGGUACGUGGAUGCAAAGAAAGUGUUAGCGGCGGCUAAGACGACGAAGAAGAAGGUGGAGCUGUGGCCUUACGUUCCGUACACAUUGGUGGCACAUCCCUAUGUUUCUCAGGCUUAUGACAAAAAGGCACCGCCUAAUAUGGUGAGGAAGGUUCCGGCGACCGCAACCAUCACCGAGAGUACUGUGGACGAGAAUUACACCCUCAUGUUCAGUGAUGAGAACCCAAACGCAUGCACUAUCAUGUAAAUUAUUAUGUAACCAUAUUGAAAAACAUGCAGCUUAUAAUUUUUUGUUUUUAUUAAUUAAUGAAGUUUUUGUAAAUUAUAUUGUUGAUAUAUUCUAUAUAUAUA